GCUCAGUAUAGCACCAUCAGUUUCUCCCAUAGACCUUAUAACUUCGUUUUACCUGCGACCUAAUUGCCCCCUAGCUUCAGCAGUAUUGACAAGGGCCCCCGCAAACCCUCACACGACAUGUCGACUCCGAAGACUGACACGGACUCCGUUGCGGCUCCAAUACCGCAUAAGGAGAGAAGAUAUCAGUCGUAUCCCGGUAGCGAGUACGUCCUACCGUCAGACGACGCGGAAAAAGAAAGGUCAAUGACCACCUCUUGACUGUGUCACAAUCUCAUGAGCUAAUUGUUCUACAGACUUGCUCUGCAACAUCGGUUGCUCAUGCACGUCCUAGAUAAUCGUAUCAUCAUGCCCGAUGUCACGAUAGGUCCGGCCGACCAUAUUCUGGACAGCGGGACAGGAACUGGCAUAUGGUUGCUGGACGCGAUGAAAGUCGUCCCUGACAGUACUGUCCUACAUGGUCUCGACAUCGAGCCUGGACUCUUCCCGCGAGAUGAUCACGCCGUCGUCUCGCGUGGAAACGUACACUUCCAUGUCGGGAGCUGCACUGCAUUGCCGUCCGACUGGAACAGCAAGUUCAAGCUCGUGAACCAGCGUCACAUGAUUGCGGCGCUGCGUAAAGAAGAGUGGGGAAGAUCUAUCCAAGAGAUCUUUCGGGUCCUCGAACCAGGUGGCUGGGUGCAGUUUGGAGAGGUCGAAUAUUGGAGGGCCGGUCCGGAGACAGAGAAAUUCAAAGCCCUGACGACUACUGUGGCGAAAGCGAAAGGCCUGGUCCUCGACUGCGCCGUUCGCGUCCCGGAGUUGCUCCGCGAGACCGGAUUCUCACAGAUCAGCGUUCAGUCAACAGUCAUCCCUUUGGGGAAGAAUGGAGGGCAGCUUGCUGCUGACGCUCGCAGAAACUGGAUGGCAGUCUUCCGAGGACUGAAGACCCCUGUGCUCAAGGCCGGGGGAUUCGGUCACGUCAGCUCAGAAGCUGACUUCGAUUUGAUGACGGAUAGAAUGGAAGACGAAUGGCAGAACUCACAGGAUGCAGAGAUACAGAACAACGUUAUCUGUGCCCAAAAGCCACUGCUAUAGUUACGAUUACAGCUGUCCAUUAGAUGCUCGCUGCAAUGGGUGAUAUUUUGUAACACUUACAGUAUCUAUACAAGUCUCGAUCCAAGGCCCUCUCACGUUGCUGUAUGAGACGUACUGAUGUCGAACUGUAUGCCGAUGAGUCGAGCGGUUCUGCUGCAACAUACACAUAUGCACUGCGACGCGAAUACAGCACGGGUUUAUGCAUAAAGAUGUCGUCGGAAGCGUCGAUAUUCGUUUGCCCGAUCCAGUUGCCGCACUAGUAUGUAAGGUGCCUGCCUUAAGGCUGUGUAGCUUCGAUUUGUCGAGAAUCCACGCUGGUUCAGCGGAUAGUAGUACGCUUUGUGCGAUGCCGCUUGCAUAUCA